AUGAGAAGGAAGUACGAGGGCAAUAAAAGGGUGAAACGAUCAAUUCUUCAAGCUCUUCGUAAAGAGUUUGAGAUUCUUGAGAUGAAAUCUGGAGAAGGUGUCUCUGACUAUUUCUCAAGAGUGAUGACUGUUGCCAAUAAAAUGAGGAUCUAUGGUGAACAGAUGAGAGAUGUUACAAUAGUAGAGAAGAUACUUCGAUCUCUGAAUGACAAAUUCAAUUACAUUGUUUGCUCUAUCGAAGAAUCGAAGGAUAUUGAUAUUCUAUCAAUUGAUGAACUACAAAGUUCUCUAGUUGUUCAUGAGCAAAAGUUUCAUAGACAUAAUAGAGAAGAGCAGGCACUGAAAGUAACCUUUGAAAACAGAGGUAGAGGACGUCAAUUUUUUAAUAAAGCUCUUAUGGAGUGCUACAAGUGCCAUAAAUUAGGACACUUCCAGUCUGAAUGUUCGAGUUGGGACAAAGAAGCAAAUUAUGCUGAGCUUAGAGAAGAAGAGGAGAUGCUAUUAAUGUCCUAUAUAGAGUUGAAUGAAGCAAAAAGAGAAGACAUAGUGAAGCUAGGGAAUAACUCAAAGAUGACAGUGAUGGGGAAGGGAAAUAUGAGACUGAAAGUGAGUGGAUUAUCUCAUGUGGUGACUGAAGUGUUCUUCUUUCCUGACUUGAAGAAUAAUUUGCUGAGCAUUGGGCAGUUACAGGAAAAAGGCUUAGCAAUUCUUAUUAAGCAUGACUUGUGUAAACUUUAUCAUCCUACGAAAGGUUUAUUCAUUCAAACCGCGAUGUCUGCCAAUAGAAUAUACGGGCACUUGAGCCACAAAGGCUUGAGAACUCUUCAGUUUAAGCAAAUGGUGCAUCGACUACCACAACUAGAAGCUUUAACAACUAUCUGUACUGAUUGCAUGAUUGGAAAACAGCACCGAGAUCCAAUCCCGAAGAGAAGUACUUGGAGAGCAUCACAAAAGCUUCAGCUAAUCCAUGCUGACAUAUGUGGUCCUAUCUCGCCUACGUCAAAUAGCAAGAAAAGAACCAAGUUGGAGAACAAAAGUAUUGCUUGUGUGUUGCUGGGGGUCAGUGAGGAGUCAAAGGCAUAUAGGCUUUAUAAUCCAAUAACCAAGAAAAUCAUUACCAGCAGAGAUGUAGUUUUUGAAGAAAACAAAUCUUGGAAUUGGGAUAAGGAACAUGUGGUGACUAUAUUGGAAUGGGGAGACAAUGAUGAAGAAGCUACUGUAAGUGAAAAUGGUGAUAUUGAAGAAAAGGUUGAGAAUGUUUCUCCAGAAAUAGUGGAUAAAGGAAUUGCAGAAGAGGUUGAGAAUGCUCCAACAAAUACAGUGAAUGAAGGAAGGCUUCGAAGGCAACUUGUUUAG